AUGAGUACAGAAGAAGAAAGUAAAGCCUCCAUUGCUUUUGAAAUAGAAUUUAAAAAAAAUCCUAAUGCUCCUUUUCCAGAACACUAUAAAAAACGGCUUGAAGAAGAAAGUCAAAGAACCGAAGAACAUAGAAGACUUUCCGAUACGCAAAAAUCAGAAAGUUUGGCUAAAUUACGAGAAAAUUUGGUUAAUGCUGAAGCGAGAAGAGAAGAAGUUCAAAAAGAGAAACUUGGAAAGAUUGCUAAACAUCACGAAGAAGUUGAUAAUAUCUCGAAAAAAUGA